AUGGAUGAUUUUGAUGAUGAUCAAGAAAUGCAUAUUUAUAAUCAAUUUACAUUAGAAGAAAUGGAAGAUAUAAUCGAAUGGGUUGAUCAACAUCCUAAUUAUAAGUUUACGACUAUUAAACAUAGAUUUCGAAAAGUCAAAUUUCCCAAUUAUAUAUCAAGAUUUCGAGAAUAUAUUAAAGAGAACGGCACAAGACUUGAAAAACUCGAUCAAAUCAAGCAAUUUAUGUGGGAUGAAUUUUAUAUCAAGAGAACUAUUGAAAAAGAAGCUGUUCAUGAUACUGAUUUAGAACUUUUUGCAAUUCAAAAGGCAAGGGAAUUAAAUUGGGAUAAUUUUAAAGUCAGUGAAUCUUUUAUUACAACGUUCAAGAAAGAAAAUAAAAUUUCAUCAAGAAGAUACAAUAAACUUAUUACUCGAGUGUCUUCAAACAGAAAAGCUUGCAGUUUAGAAGGUAUGUGAAUAUAUCCGAACUCCCGGUAUAAUUCUCUUUAUGUAAACAAUGCCUGUCUUUUAGAUGCUCAAAUUUGGAUCAAAAACCAAAAAUCUUUGAUUUCGAAUUAUUCGCCUAAUCAAAUUUUAAACAGCGAUCAUUGUUCAUUCCAGAAAGAAUAUAUUUCUCCAAGAACUCUUUCUUUCACUGGUGAAAGAACAACCGAAGUUGCUGUUAAAAAGAAAAAUAAUGUGACACACUCUUAUACGAUCCAGCCUAUUACAUCAGCUGAUGGUCAAUUAUUAAACAAGUUCUUACUUAUUCUUCAAGAAACAGAAAAUGAAUUCGGUAAAAGAGUAGAAAAAGAUUUAAUCAUACCACCAAAUGUCAUAGUACGAGCUUCAAAGUCUGGUAAAAGCAGCGACGAAAAACAUCGGACUUUUUUGAAUGAAGUUCUACGUCCGUUGGUUGGUCGAAAAUUUCUUCUUUUCCUUGAUUGUUGGACAACUCAAACUGAUCUAAAAAAAUUUAGAGCAGUAUUUCCACAUCAAGACAGUCAGUUGUUAGUUUUUCCUGAAGGAUCAACUGGUCAUAUUCAACCUCAAGAUUUAUCUUUAUUUCGUUCCUGGCGAUACUUUCACAAGAAAAUCGAACAUUACGUUCAUAUCAAUCGAACAGAAAUGAACUUGAAUGAUCGCCAAUAUUUCAUAAAUAUGCAUUCCAUCAUCCACAAUCAACUAUCUGCUCCACCAUUUAAAAAUCUCAUCAAGUCUGGAUUUAUACAAGCCAAGAUAUUGAACGAAACAGUUGGUGAAAUCAACAAACCAAAGGAUGUUUGCUUUAAAUUCUAUGAUCUUUAUUGCUCAGCUAUUCAUUGUGAAGAACGAACUCUUCUAACUUGCGCUUGGUGCAAAAGACACCUUUGUUAUUAUCAUCUGAUUGAAGAUCUACAUCUUCAUCUGUGAUAGUCUAUUCUUUUUAUGUGAAAUAAAAUCAUAAACUGAUAAUCUAUAAAUUAUUGUAAGAAAUUGCCCACUUCUCUCCUACUUUUGUAUUGGUAAACUUGCAAAGAUGAUAGAUCUAGUGUGAUUCUAAUAUCAUCGAUACAUUCCGA